AUGGGCAGCAUCAGAGUGUCUGUGUCGCCGGGGCUGCGCGAAGCGUGCCGGGGUGCGGUCCAGGGCUCCGGGGAUGUGCCGGGAGCCGUUCUGGCAGCGGCAGAGGGGGCCGGGGCCUGGCUGGGCGUGCCGGAGGUGCGCUGGCUGCAGGAGCACCUGCCCCCGGACGUUCACGUGCACGAGCUGUUGCGCGGGUGCGAGGUGUGCCUCCCGGGGCUCCAAGUGCCCCAGCGCGACCCCCAGCUAGAGGCCCGUGUGCUGCGGCUGCGUGCAGAGCAGGCCGCCCGCGAGUACCGCGCCAUGACGCGCAACGUGGACUCUGCCGGCCCGCACCAGUACCACCGUGAUGACUCCCUCGCCUACCAGAUGAAGCAGAUCAACCGGCAGCUGAUAGCCGUAUUCCAGUUCGUGGUGUCCGUAGCAGCCGGCUUUGCAUUUGGCUUUGUGGGCGUGGAGCUCAUGGUGGGGCAGUUGGAGUUUGGGUUCCGCCUGCUGCUCGGCGUGAUGUGCGCGCUCGUGAUCGCGCUGGCCGAGAUGUACUUCCUGGCCAAGAAGCUUAACGAGGACCUGGCCCCACCGCCUGCCCCCGUCAAACAGCAUUCAGAGUAGCUCAUUGUCGGACUACGAGUGUUCUAACGGAACACAAACUGACUAACCAGCUAUGCUGGGAGGAGUGAACUGUUCACAUUUUGUUAUUCCUUAUUAGCUGCUCAAAUGUGAGUACUAACCAAUAGGGCCUUUCCCACUUAGUGAGGACUCGUAAGGAAUACUGAUUUCCCUAGCGUGAUUUGUGCUAAUUUUUAAAUAUAUCCAUUACUAAGCAGUACUUGGUGAGGUUAAAGAACUCUUUAGUGUGUAGUUGAUUGACACACAGGUGCAAGGAAACACAGAAGUUUUAGUGGUUAAUGUCAUGUUAUUGUUUUGAGUUAGUUUCUAGAUAUCUAAUACAAUAUUAUUACAUAUUGAUUAGUAAUAUAGUAUAUAUAUUUAGCACCAUUGUAUUGCAAUAAAAAAUUUGUCUGCUACAUGUACAACAUACUGUAUUACACUUAUUUACAUAAGUUACACUUCAAGACUUUUCAUCAAGGUUGUGAUUACAAGCUUAUGUUUUUAACUAUGAUGUAAUUCAGUGCACUUUUAUAAAUCAUACUGUUUGUCAUUCGAAUGUGAUAUUAGGAUUCACAGCUUUAAAUUUUUGUUGGUUUGAAUAAUUAAAAUACUUGAUUAGAAGAAAAAAA